CUGGCCCCCUCCCCAGCCCCGCGCCCAGGCGCCGGGCCUUUCCCGGAGGAAGGCGACGUCCCGGGCGCAGGGUCGAGGGACCAGCAGCCGAAAACGCCCGGGUCCCGAAGCCAACAGAAGCUUUAGGCUGGGACCUCAAAGGCCUGGGUGCAACUUGAGGACUGGACCCGGCUCCCCCAUCCUCGCAGAGCCUAGGAUGCCCCUUAGCUGCUGUGGCUCCUGACCUCAUGGAGCCCUCUACCACCCCAGGGGCACAGACCGGGGUCCCCACUGGCAGCAGGGAGCCAUCCCCCGUGCCUCCAGACUACGAAGACGAGUUUCUGCGCUAUCUGUGGCGUGAUUACCUGUAUCCGAAGCAGUAUGAGUGGGUCCUCAUCGCGGCCUAUGUGGCCGUGUUCCUUAUAGCCCUGGUGGGCAACACACUGGUCUGCCUGGCAGUGUGGCGGAACCACCACAUGAGGACGGUCACCAACUACUUCAUCGUCAACCUGUCCCUGGCUGAUGUGCUGGUAACGGCCAUCUGCCUGCCUGCCAGCCUGCUGGUGGACAUCACUGAGUCCUGGCUCUUCGGCCAUACCCUCUGCAAGGUCAUCCCCUACCUACAGGCCGUGUCGGUGUCAGUGGCAGUACUGACCCUCAGCUUCAUCGCCCUGGACCGCUGGUAUGCCAUCUGCCACCCGCUGCUGUUCAAGAGCACCGCCCGGCGCGCCCGGGGCUCCAUCCUGGGCAUCUGGGCCGUGUCAUUGGCUGUCAUGGUGCCUCAGGCUGCUGUCAUGGAAUGUAGCAGCGUGCUGCCUGAGCUAGCCAACCGCACCCGGCUCUUCUCUGUCUGUGACGAACACUGGGCAGAUGAACUUUACCCCAAGAUCUACCACAGUUGCUUCUUCAUCGUCACCUACUUGGCCCCACUGGGCCUCAUGGCCAUGGCCUAUUUCCAGAUCUUCCGCAAGCUCUGGGGCCGCCAGAUCCCCGGCACCACCUCAGCGCUGGUACGGAACUGGAAGCGGCCCUCAGACCAGCUGGAGGAGCAGGGACAUGUUCCCAGCACGGAGCCCCAGCCCCGGGCCCGGGCCUUUCUGGCCGAGGUGAAGCAGAUGAGAGCUCGGAGGAAGACGGCCAAGAUGCUGAUGGUGGUGCUGCUGGUCUUCGCCCUCUGCUACCUGCCCAUCAGCGUCCUCAAUGUCCUCAAGAGGGUGUUCGGGAUGUUCCGCCAGGCCAGCGACCGAGAAGCUGUCUACGCCUGCUUCACCUUCUCCCACUGGCUGGUGUACGCCAACAGCGCGGCCAACCCCAUCAUCUACAACUUCCUCAGUGGCAAAUUCCGGGAGCAGUUUAAGGCUGCCUUCUCCUGCUGCCUGCCCGGCCUGGGUCCCUGCAGCUCUCUGAAGGACCCCAGUUCCCGCUCCUCUGGCAGUCACAAGUCCCUGUCCUUGCAGAGCCGUUGCUCCGUCUCCAAAGUCUCCGAGCACGUGGUACUCACCAGCGUCACCACAGUGCUGCCCUGAGCUAGGGCCACCCUGCAGGCUCUGGGAGGUGCAGCUGACUCCUGCCUGGGCUGCUCCUCUGGCUCCUGGGAUCUACCCUGGAAAGGCUGCUGGAUGCAGCGAAAGGCUGAAGCUCCAGUCCUGAUUUUCUGCCUGUGUGACUCUGAGCAAGUCAUUCUCCUGUCUGAGCUUGUGUUCUCUAAGCAGGGUUGAUGUGAAGCUUAAGCAUGCCCAAGGAAGUCAAAAGCUCUUUGUAAAUUGUGAAGUGCUGUGGAUAUGGUUGCUAGUGUACUUCUCUCGCUUGGCCAUACCUGACAGUACCGCCCGCCCUCGUCAUCCUGGAUGUUGGCCUUCCUCCCAAAGACCCGUCUCUCUCCUGCCAAUUAGAGACCCUCCCUGGCAUCUGCUAUAAAGGUCCCCACAGCAUUUCCAUCUGGACCAGGGGCUCCCUAAAGCCCAGGGCUGCACUUGGCCAGCUGCCCCGAUGCCUGUGUGAACUAAUCUGGAUCCAGUCCUUCAGAGAGGCCACAAGCACAGCCCAUCCUCACCAGGUUCCCAGUGCACACACAAUAGGUUGGACCCUGUUGGCUUUGUGGUGUGAUAAAACAUUCUCCACGCGGUCGUUCAGCACGGAGGCCAGCAGCCCGAAGCAAUUGUAAUUAAAAGCCUGGCACUGAAUGUUCCCUUUCCUUGUCAUUACACAAAAUCUGUGCUGCUCAGGUUAGGAGUAGAAGGUGGGGCAACUAGGAGACGAUGAGAAGGUACUGGCAUGCUGUUAUCUGCAGAUCUCCCCUUCCCCCGCUCCCGGAUGGACUUGGCCAGGCCUCAGAGAGCACACAGGGCUGCCUCCUCCGUGGUGCCAAGCAUCUGAUGCCCACACUGACCUUUCACACACUGCCUGCUCCCAGCCCAAUAGCCUCUAGCAAGAAAGAGGACAUGGGGGACAGGCAGCAGGUGAAGGGACUUACUGUUCCUUCACCUUCUUGGAAAUCAGGGCUUCUUUAUUCUCUAUGAACCCACAGGCUAAAAAGAGAAAGCUACAGACUUGGCCAGACGUGCUCCAGCUGCCACUGAGAUGAUUACAGGGCUGCCAGAGGCCCUGAUCCUCAUUGGCAGAG